AACGCUCACGUAGAAAUAGUAAACACGAAUAGGAAUAACAGUCCAAGGGUAACCUCGGCAUCAUGAGGUACAAAUUCAUUUCGAAGAAGUUUUACCUUCAAAACUUUUCAAUGAGCUAAAUAUUCAACGGUUUUUCUGUCGGUGCGGUGAGUUUUUCUCGUCUUUCGACAACGAAAUAUGACGUCGCCAAGACUCGCGGUAAAAACUAUCAAGUCUUUGUCACCGCGACCCGUUGGCAAGCUUCUUAACGUCGGAAAUUUGUCGACUCCACGAACACCCGAACAAAACAGCUGCACUGAUAAAUUGAAAAUCGAACAACCCAAAGUCAACGCACGACACAGAUUCUCACCUUUCAAAGUUGAUACUCCCAAUAGAGCUAAAAUUUUGAAUGAUGGCUUACCCGAUAAGGAACAUUCGGUGCUCGGCAGUGGGUACUUUGGAACUGUUUACAGAGCUUCUUACAGAGGAGAUCAAGUUGCAGCAAAAAUAGUAAGACGAAGAGAAUGCAGCGACGUAGCAGUAAAUGCAGAGAAGCACGCAGCAUUUCUUCGUCACUCAAACAUUGUCAAAGUACUAGCGAUUGAACAGGGUGCGGUUUGGUCCUUAAUAACAAUGGAAUUAUGUGGCACGUCGUUGCAAGAUUAUUUAGAAGAGACAGUUUUGCCACGAGAAGAAAGACUAGCAACAUGGAAGGCAAUUUCCAAUGCUCUUCUAUUCUGUCACAGAGCUGGGAUUAUUCACGCAGAUGUGAAACCCAAAAACGUUCUCAUAGGAAAAGACGGUCAGGCAAAACUUGCAGAUUUUGGUAGUUCGGUUAUUAUAAGCGAACCGAAAAUUUCGACCAGUUUACAUGGAACUCCAGGUUACGUAGCUCCAGAAGUGAUUCGUGGGCAAUCGCCAAGUCAAGCAUCAGAUAUUUACUCGUUAGGAGUUCUAGCCUGGCAAUUGCUCUUUCGAAAGAUACCAUUUGCUGGUUUACAUGCUCACACAGUUCUCUAUUUAACUGGGAAAGGGGUAAGGCCCUCAGACAUCUAUAAGGAUGAUGGCUUUUGUGGAAAAUACAAGAGUUUGUACAGAAAGCUUUGGAGCGAAAAGGCGGAAGAUAGACCUUCGUUAAAUGUGAUACUCGAAAGACUAGAAUACCUGAAGAACUUUACUUAAAAAAUAUUACCUUAUUUCAGCCAUUUUUUUUCAUUUACAAGAAUUGAUUUAUUAAGAUCAUUACAUGGUAAUUGAUUACUUAGAAAAAAGUAUAUUAGAGAAAAAACAAUGCCUCACGUCUCAGGCAUUUCUCCACCAGGAACAAGCUGCAAUUGAAACAAAAAAAGCAUUUAUUUUUAGCCUGUACUAUCACUAAUGGUACCAAUAAAUAGAAAUCUUUUUUGUUACUAA